CAAACGAGACCGGAGCUCAGUGUGUACCAGACGGUCGAUCGCUACACGAUUUGUGCGAAAGCUUGUUGCUGAUUGUUUGGCAACAAUCGUGACAGCGGCAAUUGCGCAUGAUUUGCACACCUGUUGGCGUGAAGCGAGUGUCACGAGUACGUGAAGAGCGAAGAGGAAGAGUAACGCACGAUGAUGAUGAUGAUGAUGACCAGCAGGACUCUUAUCGCGAAGGUCACCACCUGCAUUCUGCUAGGCUGUUGCGUGACGAUGCGAGUUACGGGCUCGGCGAUACCGAUGUGGGAAUUUCUCUCGAGAGAUGAGAAAAUGAGUCAUUUGUACGGCUUAUUCAGUAAACAAGUAGCACAGUUCUGCGCCGAUUCGUCGAGGCCGGACUGCAAUAAGAAUCUGCUAGUAUCUGGCAUAAGAAGUCUCGUCAGCAUGAAUGACAAUGUUCUCGAUCAGCUGGAUCCCUAUCAGCGUGGUGCCAAGGAAAUGAUUUGGCGUGCCAUGGUAGAAAACAAUAGAUUUAUAUCGAGAAUCAGCCACGAAAAUGACGAAUCUUACUUCACGACUGAAGCCGACUUACUAGCGAGCAGUGGCAGCGAAACGAACGGCCUCGCGGAGGAGACUGUGGCAAGUAGUGAUUACGUUCUAUCAUCGGAGCCGAGUGGACCGUAUCUGGCAGGUCCGAUGGUGAUACGAGUCUAUCCGGAUGGCCGACCGGUUCCGGAGGAUCAGAAACGCCCGUUGCCGAGGGACGAGGACAUCGAUGAGCUCAGAUACUCUCGUUUGCCAUCAAUAGAGGAGAUCGAGGCUAAGAGCGGUAGCAAAUUCUACGGGAAAGACGCGAACGAGCCUACACCAGCCAAAAGAAGAAUGUCCUUCAUAACUGACAAGGACUAUCGACGAUCGAAACCGCUACGUCUUCAUGGCAAUCCGCUGACCUACGAAAGAUCGGUGCUUCGAGACGCGAUUAAUGAACGCGGAAUGCGUUAUUAUUGAAGAGAAAGAGAGAAGAGGAAUUUUUCAUGUCUUUUCUAUCUGAUAAAUUAUUUUCCACAGCGAGCCUCGCUAUAUUGUCUCAUAAAGGAAUUGAGGAUUAUUGUCGCUAAGAUCUUGCGGAGAGAUGAUGUCGAGAUAGAUGACAUACUUACUAUGAUAAUAUAUGGAAAACAUGAGAGGAGAACUAAAUAUAUCUAGCGAUAUAUAAUCGUAGUCGCUAUGCGUUGCAAUAGAUUACGGUUUAAAAAUCAAUUGUAUAUAAUUACAAACUUAUUAUUAGAGCGCGCAUUUUAAUUUAUCUGAUAUAUCGUAUAUUGUAUAAGUGUAAAAUAUCGUACUCUGUUUUGUUUUUUAGGAUCUUAUAGAUAGACUGUAAGAUAGAAAUUUAGGACAUAGCGGAGAAUGUGAUUCAAAAACUUCGUCUGAUUGUGAGGUAAAAAUUUAUGAUUUAUAUAAAUCGCUUAUGUAUCGAUUUAUGUAAAUAAGAGAAAUUCGCGGUUUGCGAACCAUCUAAAUUGGCUUGACGAUUGGUCGGUAAUUAAAUUCUUAUCUCGAUAACACACAAAUAAUCGCCGACCAUGAAAUAUUAUUUAGUUUCUACUUAUUUAAUUUUGUAUUCAUAAAUUAUUUAUUUAAUACUCAAUGUGAGAUUGUUAUGGCAAAAUAUCGAAACUAUCGAAAAUUUUAUCAAUUAUCUUGGGAAUAAUUUUAAAAGUUUAGAUAUUCUAUUCAAUCUAUUAACACAAAAAAUCGCAUAUAAUUUA